AUUCGAAUAUCAUUUUGUGAAAUUGCUAAAUUCGGAAGAGCAACGCACACUGUUUCUAUCAGGAUCGGCCCCGCCGCCUCCGUGCGUCGCUCCCCGUCGGGCAUGGCGUCGCGGCUCUUAGAGCAGCAGGAGAAGCUACGCCGAGCAGUCGACGAAUGGCGCACCCGGAGUCACGACUUGCUCAGAGACCUCGCUGGAGACCCCUUUUCCAUCCCUUCCUUCGCACCGACCACCACCGAUCCGAUACGCCUCUUCGUCUGUCCCAUAGAGCACUCCCAGCUCUCCACGAUCCUCCGAUCCGACAACGUUUCCCUCUCCAAGUUCAUCAGCGUCUUCUCGUACGACUGCAUCGAAAUCUCCAAUCUCAGCAAUUUGGCAUCGAAACGAUUGUUCAGGCAGUUGCAGUUGUUCGGUCAUCGAUCAAGCCCGCAGGAGGUGCUUCUCGAAGGUGAGCCUCAGAAGGCGUUUGGAGAAUCGCUGUCGCUGUUCAUCGAAUUGUACGAGACCACGAUCAGGAUGGCGGAGCUUUUGGGAAACUUACUACAGCAGCUCAAUUCAGUUUACUCUAUUGGAGACAAGAACGUCCGGCCAUUAAAUUCGAUUAAAAAUCUGAUGUUGAGGACAGCUUUUGAAGCGCUUGGGGAAGGCCUGGCAGUGUUUCUUGUCUUGGACGAGAUCAUAAAGCAGAAUGAACACAUAAAGAACUACUUGUCUUCUUUCUCAAGGAUGCUUAGUAAGGUGAAACUAGAGAUUGACACUUUUGAUAUAACUGUUGAGGACAUAGACUUAUUAGACCAAGUUGUUGUCCAUUUUGAGAAGCUUCUAGAAGUUAAUUUCUUCAAGUGGUUAGUGUACAAGGAAUCAUCUUGGCUGGGAAUAAUGCAACAGGUAAAGGGCAAUAAGAAAUUCAUCGACGGAUGUUUUUCUUGCAUCCAUGAUGGUUUAGUAGAUAUCCUUCUAAGACUUGAUACUUGGAAGGAACUCCCAGUUGAUCGAUUGAAGAUAUUGCAGCAUAUGGCUCUGUUUAUAUUUUCCACACAUGUCUCUGAUGUUAUUCCUGAGAAGAAACUAGUUAAGAUGCUGCUGGAUAUGCUUCAUCUGUCCCCGCUUUUGUAUAUUAGAGGCAAGAGAAUUAUGCUAGUUGAUGUUCUGAAAGAACAAUCUCCUUCAUCAUUAUCCUCUUGGCUGUUUUUGAGAGAAGCCAUAAGGGACCGUAAUCUAAUGAUUAACAAUUACCUUAAGCGCUUAAAUGAUAUCCAUUCAAGGGACUGGCAAACUAUCAAAGACACACUUUCUUGUUGGGUAGCAUCUUUUCAUUCAACUGUUCAUCCAGUGGCGGAAUUGUUGAGUGAAGGAUGGUUAAGGAUACAUCAGAAAAAGACUAUUCAGGGAUUAGUUGUGGCAUAUAGACUACAGUUGCUUAUUCAGUCAAUACUCGACUUGCAUGCAUUACUUGAGGUUCCAAUCAAGAGGGAGAAGCUCAAGUCUCUUUGUCAUAUGAUCAUUUCAUUGAAGGUUUUGGAGCAAACCUUCCAGACCAAAGGGUCUGAUAUGAUUAAAAGUCUCCCACAUACCAUAAAUAUUAUUCAAGCAGAUCUUGAGCAGAUUAUAUUGCCUUCUAAGGAUAUGCUACAAAUUGAAGUGGAUAAAAGGAGCCAAAUAAACCAGUUGGGCAUUUUUAGUUCAUUAACACGUAGAAAAGAGACAGAUACCCGGCUUACAGAUUCUCUAUCUUUGGUGCAUAUGCUGUUGCAAAUGCUUCAAGGAGGAGGUAGCCACAAGAGACAGCUAAUUUUCUUGAACAUCUUGGAUGUUCUUCAAAGCAUUGGCUACUUGAAUAUUGACUUUACAAGGGUUAGAAAGUUGACUUCAAAGUUAUGGACACUGGUAGGCUUCCAGGCUAUCAGUUCUGCUGUUGUUGAUUCUAGCUUCUUGUAUUGGAGAAGGGAGAUGAUGGGAAGUUUGUUUUCAAUGGUUUAUGUGGAAGUAGGAAGGUUUUCAUGGUUACACAGGUACCUUAUUGAUGCAUUUUCAGAUGGACUGAAGCUUCUUAAGCUUGGGCAAGUUGGAAAGCACACUCUGGAAGCAUAUCAGAAUGAAAUUGAAUAUGGUGUGAAAAAUGAAAUAAUUAUCCCUCUUUGUAGAGAUAUUGAAAAUGAUCUCCGUCUUCAUGUUCAUUCAACUUAUUUUAAGGGAUCUGUGGUUGUAAACCCAACCAAGACUGGUGUGCGCAAUCUUGCAUGGUACUUGGCAAUCAAACCAUUGCAUCUUUCUUUCAAGUUCAUUGAUAUAAGUUCACAUGUUGAGAACUAUUUGAAUUCUGCCUUCUACAAUCACUCAACUAUGCCAACAUAUGACAGAAAGAUAUACCUAGAAAUGCAGCUUCUAGCUGAGCUAAAGUAUGGUUUGAUGUUGGAUGAUGUCUAUUUUGUUGGAAAUUCUAUGGUUCACGACAUUGGUAUCAAUGAGACAGUCCAAGAUCUCUGUGCCUUCACCAAGAACUACACUUAUAACAUAAUUAAGCAGGUUUUCAUUGAUAAAAUUCCAAAAGGUAAAAACAGGAAGAACUUGCGACUGAUUGGUGUGGAGGACAUUACACAUUCAGUUUCUAUUCAUGGUCUACAAGUAAUAUACAAGGCUUCAGAUUCAAUACAGAAAUUUUUGGAACAAAUGUUUACAAAUUUGUCUCCGUUGCUUAAAAAUAAAUGUAGGACAGACUCGUCAAAUGACUACAUCUUGAAGAACAACAAGGAAAUAGUAAGCAGACUUCCCUUUUUAAAGCAAGAUCAUGAGGCAAGCUUCCUUGAACCUCUCAAUGUUAUCAUGAGUCAGAUUGGAAAUGCUUUGGGACUAGUGAGAAUUCUUCUAGCGGGCAGUUCUCGUCAUAUUUGCAACAUUUCUCGACCCACACUUGAUAUGAGCUUUGAGGAGAGUUACCAGAAACUUGGUUUAGCUGAUGAAAUUCUUGAAGCUGGAAGAGUGAUGGAUAAGGCAAUUGCAGAGAAAUAUGAACCUGUCGCAAGAAUGGAAUCUUUUUCUGAUUUCAUAAACAGAUUUGUCAAGGAACAUCCGUUUGGCACAGAAGAUCAUGCCAAAGAUUUGUCUCAGAUAGUUCCUUCGAUCAUAGUAAAUUUGGUGAGCGCCCAAGUGCGUUACAAGGACAACCUGCUGUCGGACCAUGAUUCUGAAAAUACUCUGUACAUGCAUGAUAGCCUCUUCAUGGGGGUUGCUUUUGCUCUCAAGGUGUCGGCACAAGAAAGCUCCUUCGAUGCUCUCAACUGGUUUGGGUCUGCAAGGCAGAGCCUUGAAGAGCGCAUAUCCUCUUUGGAACUCACAGGCAGCAGCAAGGCUCAAGAUACCAAUAGCAGAGUGGGUGGCAGCCUCGCCCGCUGGAAGCUGUGGAGCCAGACUUCACCAAUUCCUCUUGAGAUCCAGAAGGGUUUGGAUGAAUGCAUCAAGUACCAAAAGGAAAUUGAAUUGGUUGAGUAUGUUCUCAAUGCUGCCAGAGCAUUCAUCUCUUGAGUUGAGUGCUAACAUUAUACACAUUUUAUAUACUUUCCUCUUUUAAUUUAUGUAUAAGUUUUGUAAUUCAUCCAGGAUAAUUUGUUAAACUAUUAGUUAGAUUACGACAUAUACAGGUGGCAUUUCAUGUACUAAAUAAUUAAGGGUACGUUUGAUUUAUUUAUAUUUUCAUUUCA